GUCAGACAGUUCACUGAUGCAUGCGAGAAGGAAAAGGUAGGAAGGACCGAUGAUGAUGAUGAUGAUGAUGAUGAUGAUGAUGAUGAUGUUGAUGAUGGUGAUGAUGAUGAUGAUGAUGAUGAUGAUGAUGAUGAUGAUGAUGAUGAUGAUGAUGAUGACUGGAGUUCAAAUAGCGAUCACGCACUUCAAAUAAACUGGCCUCCAGACGGUAGAGGCAUAUAA